GCAAAACAAAACACAGAGACACCCAAAAUUCCGAUUCACAUUCCGGUCAACACACUCGCAUAUUCCGUUUCCAGUUUCGUUGUCCGACUCAAGAUUCCGAAUUGCUGGUCCGGCCAGGGCUAGCCUCCGUUAAUGCAACCACGGCUCCAACGAAACCAAGCGUAAAGAUUUCAAGAAGAGAAUGCAUGGAAGCUUCCGCUAAGUCGUUGAUUGCAUGCCCUUCGUUCCACGGUGGUCGCGGUGCCCUCCCUUCCGCCGGUGGGCAUCCCGCCGAUCUCACCUUCCUCGCCGGCGGCGGCUGCUGAGUCCCACGGCGUCGUUUUGCGGUCGUUUCUCUUUCUGGUUUUCGCAAAAAUUGAUUUGUGUUUUGAACCAUGGUUACCGUCGAUCAGCUUCAGGGUGAUAAUUUCUCGUCGCAAUGCGGACCUUUGUCUUUGAAAGGUGUUAGAAUCCCACUUUACCGAUUUGGUUGCAAUUCUGUUUUGGAUGAUGGUUGUGUUGGAGGAGAUGCUUGUUUUUCAGAAGAGGAAGAAGAACAGAGUUUAUUGGAUUCGAUUCUUCUUGCCCAGUGGGAGGAUCGGAUGUGGAAAGGUUUAUUCAGAUAUGAUGUGACAACCUCUGAAAUUAAGGUUAUCGAUGGGAGGAGAAAGUUUAUUGCACAGUUUAAUGAAGGAUGCGGUACAGAUUGUAUACCCAAACUGGGCAAGAGCAAAAUCAGCCAAGGAUUGUUUGAGUUUAGCUGGCUGGAUCGCCAGGAGGAAUUACUAUUUUCUGUUGCAAGGGGUGAACAGUCAAACCCGGAGCUUGUUCUUGCGGCUGAUGUCCCUGAUUCUGCCUUAUUGAUUACUGUAAAUGCAUCCCCUGUUGAAUAUGGCCAUGUCUUCCUGAUACCAUAUUGCUCGAACAUUCUUUACCAGUUCCUGGAUGCAAAAUCCUUGGAAUUGGCUCUAUGCGUUGCUGUUGAAGUAAAGAACUACUCUUUUCGCCUGUUCUAUGACUAUUCACCCAGUGCUUCUCAUAUAUAUUUCCAGGCUUGCUAUUUUCAAAUCCCUUUACCUGUCGAGUUUAUGCCUUCUGAUACAUUCUUCAUUGAUGGCCAAAAGGGGAUGCUUAUUUCUUCUGUUGCAGACUACCCCAUUAAGACCCUUGUGUUUGAGAGCAACCACUUUAAGUUGAUGUUGGAGGUUGUUGCUGAGAUAUGCUCUUCUUUACGGGGAAAGCUCAUAUUGUAUAAUCUGCUGAUAUCUGAUCAUGGCAGAAAGAUCUUUUUGUUUCUUCAGCAACAGACUUCAAAAACCUCUUGCACCCUUUCAGCUUGGGAAUGUGGGGGCUACUUCUUGUUUAAAUCAAGGUCUGCAUUCGAUCAAUCUACUGAGAAGAAUUUGCUAAAACAGCUAAGUACUGUCUCCAUUGAUGAGGAGGGUUUCCAAGCAGUUAAGCUGCUGUGUAGCAACAUUGCGAGCAAGUUUACUUCCUGAAUUUGGGAGCUGUGCUGUAUAUAUACCAUGAAAGAUAUUCUGCUCUAAGCCCUAAGAGAAUACUAAAAUCUGAUGUACACUCUUGUUCAUAUUUGGUGUACUUGGCACACUCUACUGUAAACUGCUUAUUGAAAUAAAGAAAUAAAGAAAUUUUGGAUUCUGAAAAUCCAUAGUCGAAAA